AUGAAAUUCACCAAAAGCUUCGCGGCUUUCAUUACCGCCGCCCUGCUUCCAACUUCCUUCGCUCAGACAUGGUGCGGAAAAAACUUCAUGUCAAAUCAGUCUGUCGUGCCCCCUGGCGGACAGUUUAUAUUGCCUACACCAAGUGUUGAACCCCUUCUGUCAUUCCGCUGUGCCCCUGUCUUCCGCCCAUACCUCGAAGAGGAUGCGAAGAGCGCAGCCUUUGUCGUUGACACAACAAUUGUCUACGACUGGAUUACCGGUGCUCAGCCCAUCUCCCUUCCUUCCAACUCAACUACUGGCUCCACUGGCCUAGGAACCCUCAGCGUCUCCAUCAGCGUCGGCUCCGUCCACGUCACCGCAAACGUCCCUCUGAACGCUACCGGCUUCCAAAUUCCCGUAGAUAUCAGCAAGCUCGAGGCUCAGAAGACCGCGUACAAUGUCAGCUGCUCCGCCAAAUACUCUGCCCCUUCGUCUUCCAAGUCCCAGCCUUCAUACAACCAGAAAUUCAAGACUAGCGCAUCCCUUUUGUAUCUCCCUGAUACGAAUGCCUCAGUCACUAAGACUGACCUGCGCACUGGCGCACUCUGGGUGAGGCCCGCAAGUGGCAAGGGCGGAGCGUUUGCGCCCUUUGUCCCUCAAGGUUUCUACAUAAGUUUCGACACCUAUCUGGCGAAAAAUUUAACCAUGAUCGAUCAGCUCAAAGCCGAUGGGUUUAACACUCUUCACCCAAUUCCUCCUUAUGACAACCUCACUAUUUUCCAAGAAGUCAUCAACAAGACCAUCAGUGCCGGCAUGUACAUCGUUUAUGAUAUGCGAUCGAACUAUCAAAACUUGACCGCUGUCGCUCAACAAGUAAACACAUACGCCUCAAUUCCUAACCUAUUGAACUGGGAGACCGCACACGAGCCCGAUGGCAACUCCGACCCCCAAAACGCGGCGCGGGCGACAUACGACUUGAUCUACCAGAUGGACGGAUACCACCCCAUCUCUAUCGUCCUGAAUUGCGAAGACUACAAUUUCUCGCCCUACGUCAAGGGUGCCGAUAUCGUUCUGCAGGAUGCUUAUCCUAUCGGUAUCAACGCCACAUAUUCACCUGUGUGGCACACAGCGUGUACCCCGGACUUUGGGCACUGUGGAUGCGACAACUGCCAGGGCGACUUGGCUGAUGUCAAGACCCGAGUUCAGACGUACAAGGAAAGGCUCAACAUCAUGGGCUUUGACCGCACCAAGUCCGUGUGGACCACGCCCCAGGCUUUCGGGAGCGGCGCAUACUGGAACACCACUCCCACUGGACAACAAUGGGCAGCUAUGGGAUUCACGUCCUUUAGCCACGGAGCACUAGGUUCCAAAUCCUACCAAUACCCAACCACAACAGGCAGCGUAACAACCAUCGAAGGCACAGCAACAAACCUCACCAUCCUAAUCCGCGACUUCAUCCAACCCUUCAUCGUCGACCCCAACGCGACGUUUGCGAGCUACGACUACCAAGGCGUGGAUGCGGGGUUGUGGCACAAUGGCACUGCGUAUUUGUUGUUGGUUUCGAAUUUGGUGAAUGCGGAGGUGUAUGUGCCGUGGAAGGAUGUGGGGCUGGGCGCGAUUACGAAUGCGACGACGCAGUUGCAGCGCGUGUUUUCGGUUUCGCAGAAUACUAAUGCUACGGGGUUGAAUUUUAGGCCGGGGGGAAUUGGGAUUUAUACUGCUACUCCUCCUUGA